CUGCUUUUCCCUCUCUUUCCUCCUGCCUCUCGUUUUGUUUUGCAGUGCCCAAAAACACCCUUUCUAUUGAAUCCAUACAAAAAAUAGUCCUCUGUUUUGACCUCGGUUUCUUCAACAAUUCAAUUCAAUUCCAACCGUUUAUUUGUAUUUUAGUGAGCAUCAAAAUAUGGUGGCGGCGGCGACCAACAACACGUGGCUUGAUAGCAUGAGGGCAUCCUCUCCCACCCACAUCAAAGCGCCGCCCCUCUCCGACGCCCACAACUCUUGGAUUCUGCGGCACCCCUCGGCGCUGGACGUGUUCGACCAAAUCACCAUGUCUUCCAAAGGGAAGCAAAUCGUCAUGUUUCUCGACUACGACGGCACCCUCUCCCCCAUCGUCGAUGACCCUGAUCGCGCCUUCAUGUCCGAAUCGAUGAGAGCAACUGUGAGGAAAGUGGCCAGAUAUUUUCCAACUGCUAUAGUGAGCGGGAGGUGCAGAGACAAGGUGUACAGUUUUGUGCGUUUGAGAGAGCUGUAUUAUGCUGGAAGCCAUGGCAUGGACAUAAAAGGCCCAUCAAAAGGUUAUAACAAGGAUGCUGAAGCUGUUCUUUUCCAGCCAGCUAGUGAAUUUAUUCCAAUGAUCAAUGAGGUUUAUAAAGCCCUUUUGGAGGUGACAAAAUCCACUCAGGGGGCUAGAGUGGAACACAACAAAUUCUGUGUCUCUGUACAUUUUCGUUGUGUUGAUGAGAAGAAAUGGAUUGAACUAGCGAAACAAGUUGCAAUAGUGUUGGAAGGCUAUCCGACCCUAAGAUUAUCUCAGGGCAGGAAGGUGUUUGAGAUUCGGCCAACUAUUAAAUGGGACAAGGGCAAGGCACUUGAGUUCCUCCUAGAGUCACUUGGGUAUGCUAAUUGUGCUGAUGUGUUCCCUGUUUACAUCGGUGAUGAUCGAACUGAUGAAGAUGCUUUUAAGGUUUUGAGAGAGAGAGGUCAAGGGUUUGGAAUAGUGGUAUCGAAGACGCCAAAGGAUACAAAGGCAUCAUAUUCAUUGCAGGAGCCCUCCGAGGUUAUGGCGUUUCUCAGACGGUUGGUAGAGUGGAAGAAAGUGUCGUUGAGACGCCACUUCAGGAUGAGAAGACGACUUCAAGAAAUCAAAAUCAACUUCCCAAAUUAAUAUUACUACUAUAUUUUUUACAUUAUUAAUAUGUAUAUUUCUCUAGAGAAAAAUACUAGCUCUUUUAUUGAUAAUUAAGCUUGUACGGGGUGAAGUUGUAAUUUCCCACCUUACUUGGAUUAAACUAAGUAAAUACAAUGGCUUUUCUCACA